AUGAAGGAAAUUGGACAGCUUUUGAUGUCAGCAAAAUUGUCCAUCCCUAAAGAUUCUUGCUGGAGAAAAGCAUACUUCAAUAACGGCACUACAUUACUUCGAUUCAUUUGCUUAUCGGAUUUUGAUGAUUAUUUAAAUUUUAUGUCGGAUCUUGAUCAGAACCCCGACAAUCGUUAUGAUUAUCUGAGGACUAAUUAUCCGCUAGCUACAAAAGCCUCGACAACUACCUCAAUGCUCGCCGUAGGUACACAAAGACGCUUGAUAAUGCAACGCUUGCUAAUAGAGUCGGGCUUAAUGUUCGGAGAAUUAUAUGAAAUACUUGGAACAGUUGCUCUACUCGACGCUCAAUGUGAGACGGCAAAACCGUCGUUUAUUCAAGUCCACAAAAUUGGUACUCAAUUUGAAAUCAAAGAGCCGUUCAUUCCGGAAUAA